UCUAAUCUUCCAUCAUCUAACUAUCGGUCUUUCGCUUGGUAUUCUUUUUACUUUCUUACUCAACUUCUUCCGGACCAAAACCGAUUACUCCCUUCCCCGUCUCAGCCAGGAACUGAUACGGGAGUCCACAGCCAUGGUCGUCUCGUCCCUUGUUCGCCGAGGCAUGGAGCUGGCCUCCGCCAAAGACCGUGAAGUGCCCUCCAUUCAUCUCUCGGGGUGGCUCGCUGGUCUUUUUGUCUUCUCUGUCCUAGCUUUCUUUUUUGUUGUAUUCUCGAUCGAGUACACCUAUGGAAUGGUGGUUGCUACCCUCGCCGCCAUCGAGGAUACCAACCCUGAUCUCUAUAUCCGUGUCGAGUCCAAUUUCAAUCCUAACAAGGAUGUGGACCCGGUCGAGCCCGAGGCACGCACCCUUCGCCCGCAACCUGUCACUAGUACCCUGCGCACCUCCAUUAAACAUCUCCGUGCCCGUGCCGGCUUCUGGUCUCGUUUCCGCGGCUUCGGUCUGUUUAUGACAUACUCUCUGGCCGAGGGAUUUCUAUUCUCAAUUCUACCUGUGUCCAUGACCAACUUUGCCGGGCAGCUGGCUGCCAGAAUGAUCAUCGGCAUGGCCCUGGCCAACCUGGAACUGACCUGGGUACAUAUUGUGAUAUCCGAGCCCUCCUCCAAGCGCUUCUAUCAGCGCAUUCCCGGCUUCAAGAGCUGGCUGAAAAUUGCACCCGUCGUUGCCUUCGAGCAAGGCGCUGUCUGUGCCGCUUUCUACAUUCCUCUAUUUAUUACCGGAGCUGCCGGAGCUCUGGGUGAUUUGGUUGUUGAUCCCAACGCUAACCUCCCACCGGCUGAGCUUGUGAGCCGCGCCGCCACAGCCGUCGCCAUCCCAUCUCUACUUGCCGCCCUCGUAUCCAUCCCCGCGCGGGCCGUUACGAUUCGUGUUGCAGCCUCCAUGCUUCCAAAGGAGGAUGACGCGAUCGUACCCUUUGACCGCUCCUUCGGCGGAAAGGUGGUUCCUGCCACUCUGGGCGGCAGCGGUAAACUUAGCAUUAAAGAUGCAUGGGCAACCUUCGAUGGACCUGCUCGCAUUCGCUACCUGAAGGUGAUCGGUAAGGCCUUUGCCAUGGAAUUUGCCGCGGUGAUCCUCUUUUCAGUUGUACUUGGAUGCCAAGUCCACGCAGGGGCAUUGACAUACGGUAUCCGGCGUAGUGAGGCCAACGCUUAGCUGAUCCAUAUAUUUUAACGUACAUGAGACUUUCUUAUCUUUAUCCUUGUUAUCUUUUAAUUUUAUUACUCUCUCUAUUUUUUUCCCUUUUGAUUCUUUUUUUUUUGUUGUACAACUUGGACAUGACUUUUCUCAUCCUUGUGCCAUACUCAUUCCCUACGAAACACCGACCCGAGUGGCUAUAGAGCCAGAAAAGUUUCGUCUUGGCUGUCCUGUUGACCUCUCCUAUUGUGUUGAUAGUGGCCCUUGGUUAGUUAUGCCGAGGACAGAUUUUUCUCUAUUGCAUCUGGAAUGCUCAGUUGAAUCCAUUUUACGAGUAUAUUAUGUUCCAUAAGUUUAGUAUAGAUACAUACGGAGUCGGGUGUCUGAG